CUCGAACCGCUCCUGAACGAUCUAUCGGAAACCCUCACCAACCUCGAAACCGCCCUCGACCCACUCCUCCGCGCACCACUCUCACAAACAACCAGCAAGCUACCACUCCUCGACAGCGCAAAACUCUACAUUCUCUCCGUCUACGCUCUCGAAAGCCUGCUCUUCUCUUCACUACGCCUCUCCGGCUCCGAUGCGACAUCACAUCCCGUCUUUCGCGAAUUGGCGAGAGUGAAGGAAUACUUCGCCAAAGUCACUUCCGUCGAGGCGAAGUCUGCGGGAGGAAAGGGACGAGUCGAUGUCGGUGCUGCGGGACGGAUGAUUCGUGCGGGCUUGGCGGGUAAUGAGCGGUCGGAUCGUGAGUCUGAGCGGAAAGGUGGGAAGAGGAAG